AUUAGUGGGUUGAGUUGGGUCCAAGGUUUUUAUCGUCACGCGUCAUCACAAGCAUACUCCAUCCAGUACAAUACUGUUGGUCUAGCCGGCGGCGGCCGCGUCCCUCAUCCAGUCAUCCCCUUUCCGCGAUCAAAACCGAGCUAGGGUUUUAGGUGCGGGGGAGAGGGUGAGGAGCGGACGGAGGCGCGCCAUGGACAACCCCGAGAUGCAGCGGUUCCUUCAGCAAGAGCAGCAAAAGGCGAUGAUGAACGAGAUGGUUGGCAAGCUAACGAGCGUGUGCUGGGACAAGUGCAUCACUAGCGCUCCCGGGAGCAAGUUCAGUUCCGGGGAAUCAACCUGCCUGACCAACUGCGCCCAGAGGUUUCUCGACAUGAGCGUGAUGAUUGCCAAACGCUUUGAGAUGAAGUGAGGCGUCGACGCCGAAAGCUGUUACCUAGUCAAUCACCCUGAGUUUUUUAACCCUUUGAUUUGAGGUUCCAUUGAGCACUUCGAACGAUUCAACAGAGUUUAAUGUACUUUCUAUAUUGUAUCUACUGCCUCGUUGGGCAACGUGUUGAAGUGUGAUUUGAGCCGGUUGAAACUGGAUUAUGUACACUUUCUGUCCUGAGUUUAACUAAAGUUUAGCCCGUGUCA